AUGGGGAGACCGUCUGCUCUACGCAGGAGGUUGCCUCAGGUAUUCGCGGCCCUCUCAGCGACGCUGGGCGGCUUCUCGCUGGGCGCGGUGCUGGGAUGGACGUCGCCGGCAGUGAAGCCACUGACGCAAGAGGGCCUGUCCGAAGAGACGGUGUCGUGGCUGGCGGGCGUGACGCCGCUGGGCGCCCUGGCGGCCAUGCUGGCGGCGGCCGUGCUGCUGGACCGCGUGGGCCGGCGGCGCGCGCUGCUCGCCACGGCGCCGCCCUUCGUCGCCGGCUGGCUGCUGCUCGCCUUCUGCCGGCACCCCGCCGCUCUGCUCGUCGGUCGCUUCGUCACCGGCUUCUGCGGCGGCGCCUUCUCCACCGCGGCGCCCGUCUACAUCGGGGAGAUCGCCGAGAACGACAUCCGCGGCGCUCUCGGAGUCUGCUACCAGCUCAUGCUCACUGGGGGUAUCCUGUACGUCUACGUGGUGGGCAAGUGGGCCCCGCUGGUGUGGCUGUCUGUGGUGUGUGCCAUCCCACCCAUCGUCUUCUUCAUACUGUUCUUCUUUGUGCCGGAGUCGCCCAUCUUCCUGCUGUCCAAGGAGAGACACGAGGAGGCCAUCCGAGCUCUGCACUGGUUCCGGGGCGGAGACGAGGCAGAUAUCACCGACGAACUGCUCGAGACGGAACAGGUGGUGACGGAGAUGCUGAAACGCACCGGCUCACUGCGGGACAUGUUCAGGUCGCGAGCGGCCGCUCGCGCCCUCGGCAUCGGUAUGGGUCUGCAGGUAGCGCAGCAGCUGUCCGGCGUCAUCAUCAUCAUCUUCUUCUCCGUGCCCAUCUUUGUGGCCGCCGGCAGCUCCAUGGACCCCAGCGACUGCGCCAUCGUUGUCGGCGCCGUGCAGGUGGGGUCGACGCUGCUGUCCACCUUGCUGGUGGAGCGCGCGGGUCGCCGUGUGUGGCUGGUGCUGUCGCUGUCUAGCAUGGGCACCUGCCUGGUUCUCUUGGGGAUCUACUUCCACUACCACGAGCACACUCGCGUACCUGUGGCUGGUAUCAGCUGGCUGCCGCUGCUCGCCAUGUGUACAUACCUGCUCACGUGCUCUCUGGGCAUCGGUCCGCUGCCCUGGGCCAUGAUCGGCGAACUCUUCCCCGGCGAGAUCAAGGGCAUCGCCAGCUCCAUCUGCGGUGGCACCAACUGGAUCCUCUGCUUCAUCGUCUCCAAGACGUUUACCAACAUGGUGGACGCCUUCGGAAUCGACGUCACUUUCUGGAUAUACGGAGGCACCUGUUUUGGGGCCACUACUUGGGUCUUCUUCUUCGUCAUUGAGACUAGGAACAAGUCUCUCGCGCAGAUACAGAAGGAUCUCGAGGGGGUAUAGUAAGCUUGUCUGUCCGUCCUUGCAUCAAAUGUCAGAGCCAUUAUACUAUGCUAUACCUGCGAAUAACUCUUUUAUAUUCGAACUCUUCUCCGCAGCAAACUCAUCCCUCUUUCCGUUUUUGUCUUCGCUUUCACCAGUCUUCUAUUCAUUAAAAAAAAUUACAUAUUUUCUUUCUUGAGGAAAUUAUGCAAUCAAUGGCCGCAGAACAGCUGGUCUAUAUUGCACAUGUUUCUAAUGUUAGUACCGGUUUAGGUUCAGGUGAAGCAUCUUCAGAGCUGUGGAGAUUAAAAAUAAAAGAUCUAACCGUAAUAUAACGAGAGAUUCACAACUUCGUUAUUACACCAGGUACAUUAUUGUAUUGGGGGUGGUUAGUUAUUUAAUUUUUCUUACCCCUACAGAUCUAAACAUGUUUCUAUGGAACCGAAGAGUAAUAAUAUUAGCCAAAUUUGCAAUCUAGGCGACGAUGAAAUAUAUUGUAGUCUACUUUUUAUCCCAUUUCCUUUCGUGGCAUAUCAUUGCUGAGGUCUGCGAGUGAAAAUUCUGUGUUCACAUAUUUAGAUGGAUUAUUUCGUUCCCAAGAGGUGUCUUCUUACAAAAAUUCUGAGUGCUCAGCCCGGCUGUAGAAAUAAAACAACAAAUAAGGUGCAUAGCGCCUCGAAGCAUGUGACAAUAUCAUCCUCAUCACAUAUUGUUCUUUAUCUGUCGAUAAAAGUUGUAUAUUCUCUUCGUUAAUUUUCUCGUUUUUGUUGCAUUUACUGUAUUUCUGCACGUAAAUUUAUUAGGUAUCUCUCAUUUGCAUCUUCGUAAACACUGCGAAAUAUCUCCAGAGUGCAUUCUGGAGACAACAAACAUUUGUUAGCACGUUCAAUGUAAAGAUGUUACGAGUACACAGUGAAACUUAUCACAUAACACGUGAAGCGGAAAGUAGGAUAUUUAUUUAGCUAGCAAUUGUUACCAGCAUGCACUUUAGAAAUAUUACCGAUUUGAUACAUUCUCGGCUAACAAGUACGGAACAGAGUCAUCAAAACAUAUGUUAACUACAGGUGCACGUUUUUUGAACAAAGGCGUUCUCUUUGUAUAGUUCCUUGCAAUUAUAAAAGUAGAAUUGUCGUAAGACAUGACUGUUUACUAAAGUGAGUGCAUCACCUUCACAAUUGCUUCUGUCGGAGUACUUCUCUGCCAUUUAGUAAGAUUUUGCUUGCUUGUGCAACACAGAUAUUUGUAAAUAGAUGAAUCUAUUCAAUUUCACCCCUUAUCUAUUACCGUUCGUCUCUGUUGAGCUAUGUGGGCUGUGUCAUUCUUCCUCCAGUAUGUAUUCAAGAAUAAUUGAAUACAGGCAAAAUUUAUAUGUAUUUUCAAUAAAAGAUACCGUCAAACUAAGGUAAACAUAGUGCGCGGAAAUGAGUAGCUAUGCAUUGUAAAUAAGAAGCGAUCUUCAAAUUCUCUAUCAGGUUCAAUACAAUCAGAAUCUUUGUCAUUUAAGCUUGUGUUAAGUACGGAACUCUUUGGGGUGUAGGCAACAUUUAUUUUCGAGUGUCAGUCACUUACAUACUACUCAUAUUUGGGUGGAUUUGUAAAUGAUGAAAGAGUAUAAAUAAUUAAAUAUGCUGUUACAUGCUUUAUCUAGUCAAUAUCCCAGUGAUGUUCCUUUUAUUGUUAUACAUAUGUGGUAAUGGCAAUAAUAUUUAAUGUGUGUGUCCAGAACGGGAUGUAGUUUUAAAGUGCAAUUAAAACAAAACAAAGCACAAAUGAUGUAUACAAUACUUCUGUUUAUCAAAAUGUAUAUUUUCAUCCAAUA